AGAGAGAGAGAGAGAGAGGAAAAAGAAGAAGAAGAAGAAGACGACGACGAAGAGGAAGAGGAAGACACGGCUACAGAUCGCUACGUUGCUAAUUAGGCAAUACACAAUAUCCUGGAGUGGAGGCAUUUAACAGAGCUGGGAGCUUGAGCCCUGAAAAUUAAAACUAAACGUUAGAUAAGAAAGUAAGCUAUAAUUGUGAUUCAUUUGCCAAAACUACCCCUUUAAACAUUCUAUAUAGGGUGGGAAACAACUGGACAGGCGGCUGUAUAUACGUCUUCUCUACUCAGACAGAUACUUAGCUAGAUAACGCUCUCCAGUUUGAAAAUGGCCACAGAUGAGCUCUCGUCCAAACUCAGUCGCCGGCUGCAGAUUGAAGAAGGAGCAGAGGAUCCUGUUGCUGUGGACGUCCCUGAACACCAGAAUGGGUCAGAGGAGAAACCAAAUACGGCCAACGCAGACUCUGAGCUUGGCGCUAAGCUGACGCGACGAGGAGAGCUGAACGAGGGGCAGGGUGAGCACUGCCAGCCCAGCAUGAAGGUCUUCAACCCUUAUACCGAGUUCAAGGAGUUCUCCCGAAAGCAGAUCAAAGACAUGGAAAGGAUGUUCAAAAUGUGAGUGUGUGUCAGUCUGG